CUCUCUCGCAGGGGCGAAGAUCUGCAUGCCUGCGCCCGGCUCCCCUGCUCCACGCCUGGUGAACUGAACGGUUCACGCUGGCCAAAGGAGGUUUCUGCUUGUUCUUGCUGGAUUGUGGGAUGGCGCAGAGGAGCCAAUUCGUAAUAGAGAGGAAAUGAGCAGACUCCAGACCUCUGGUGACACUGCGGGGGAGGGCAAGGGGCUCACUGGGGGGUUCCUGAGACGGGUGCUCUGCCUGUGACCUCCUCCUCAACACCAUCCUUUCAGGACGCCUGACCUGCAGGCCACGGGCAUUCCUGCGGCAUCAGACCAGGUUGCUCACCAGCGGCUCCACGACGUGUGGGGCCCGUGUGUGUGUGUGUAUGUGCGUGUGUGUACAGGUACAUGUGUGCGCAUAACAAGUAAGCUCUUUCAAAACACUAACGCUGCUUCUGAAAGCACGGGGCGCUAAUUAUGUGUCAACUUUGAUCCCGCGUCACAUGUGCCGUCUUGUUACACCUGAAGGAAGUUUUUGUUCUGAGGGGUUGUGUGAGCAAUGCGUACGGCGUGUAUUUGCCGGCUGAUCCACUGGUGUAGCGUGCUGGUGUAAGGCAAGCACAUCUGCGUGUCUCAGCUUUGCGAGAGCGAGAGCGUGUGCCACAGUGGGAAUCACAGCUGAGCCGCCUCCUUCCCCACAGCUCCCACCCCGUGUGCAGGACACGCUCACGGUAACCAGUACUGCAGGAUUGGGGACCGGAGAGAUAACGGAUGGAUGGCACACAUGCCUGCACGCGUGCUGGUGUUUGUGUGUAUUUGUGCACAUGUGCCGUGCAUGUAUGCACACGAGCACGCUCGUGCAUGUGUGCCAGCAUGUGCAUUUGUGUGUCCCAUGUAUGUGCUUGCGUGUUUAUGUGUACAUUGCAUGUGCACGCACGUGUGUGCAUGGGUGUCGGGGGCUGUCCUAUGCACUGUACAAUGCCUGGCAGCAAUCCACCCCCGCCCACGAGACACCAACUGUGCUGCCACACCUCACCCCUGCCGGUGAUAAGGGACACCAAUUGUGCUGCUGCACCUCACCCCUCUGGUGACAACCGCUUCUCACGUUGCCCGGUUUCCUCUGAGGCGAGGCCUGUGGAGGACCUCUGUCCAGGUGCUAAGGCCACAAGAGAACUAAGCUCAUCACCUCCCCUGCAGGCCUGCGUGUGCUGGCUCAAACCUGCAAUUUUAGCUCAAAACUGCCCAGAGUCUCACAGGGAUUUUUUUUUUUCCAGACAGUGUGAAUUUGGGGCUAAAGUAAAAAUAUCAGAAAUAAAACAGAAAUGGUUAGGAAAUGCAAUCCCUUUUUUGAAGCCCUCUUGCUGAUGAAAACUCAGCAUUUUAGGAUAGAAGAGAGGUGCGGAGUCAUCAGCUGUGGUGGACACAGGCCGAGGUCACCUGCCCUCAGGGCGUGCCAGGCCCGUGGGCAUCGGCACCCUUGGGGGCAGAGACCUCAUGCCAGGCCCGUGGGCGUCGGCACCCUUGGGGGCAGAGACCUCAUGCCAGGCCCGUGGGCGUCGGCACCCUUGGGGGCAGAGACCUCAUGCAGCACAACCAUCACAAAUCCCAGGGCCUCAACUUAUGCACUAACCCCGAGGCCUCACCCGGCUUCUCCAACCUGUCCCUCAGCUAGCCCGUACCUUCGUUCAAAUUCAGCAUCAAUCUGUCCAUUCAACCACCCCCCAAAGCACCCUCCAUCCAACAUCCACCCAUCAUCUACCCACCCAUCCACCUGUUCACCCAGCCUAAAUCCUACCAUCAUCCAUCCAUCAUCUACCCACCUGUUCACCAUCCACUCGUCCGUCCAUCCAUCCAUCCCAUCCAUCCACCCGGGCAGCCAUCUGCCAUCCAUCCAUCCACUUCUUCAGCAUUUACUUAACCAUGAGCACGUCCUUCUCACUGGAAGCACACACACGCACAGGUCCACACGUAUGCAGGCGCACACGUGUACAAGCAUGACAAGUAAACGUGCACAUGCAGUACAUGCACCAGCACGUGUGUACCAUCCAUCCGUCAUCUCUCCAGUACCUGUGGAGGAGGGGGAGGGGCACCGCCAGGCGGAGCCCAGGGGAGCUGUGUGGUGGGCAGCGUGCGUCGAGCCCCAAGUGCCCCCCGCAGGAGGAGAGCACACACUUAUCCUGAAGACUGGGGGGAGGGGGGCGCAGCGACAUGACCUGGGUGUGGACAGCAGACGGCAGACUGAGCGACUGAAGGCUUGGGAAGGCUGAGCACGCAGGGCAGGGCCUCCCACGCCGCGGCGGCUACUGGCACAGGCACCCAGAGACCUGGGGGUCGGGGGAGUCCAAGGAGGCGGAGCACCAGAAGUCUGUCCCGCUGGGGCCGUGGGGAGUGAGGCCUGUCCUCGGCCAGCCCUGGAGAGGGUGCAGGAGGAGCCUGUCCCCUCCGCCUUGUCGUGGCAGGAGCUGCCAGGCCCCACAUGCUGCAGCCAGGCCUUGGGCCCUGUGACGCGAUCAAGACAAGAGGCCCAACGAGAGCCUCUGGACUGGGUGCCCGCCUCGGUCCUCUCAGAGCCUCCUCCCAACCCAGGGGCAAAGCUCCGUGUGCAGCGGGCAGAGGAACCCCAGAGACAGAGCCAAUCGAGCAAGCAGGGAAAGACCGGCUGGGGUGAAGAGAGGGCACACGAGGAGAAGCAAGCUUUGCAGGACCAUUGUUAAUACCUUAGCAGAGGCCGGCGCCGCGGCGCACUAGGCUAAUCCUCUGCCUUGCGGUGCCGGCACACCGGAUUCUGUCCCGGUUGCCCCUCUUCCAGGCCAGCUCUCUGCUGUGGCCUGGGAGUGCAGUGGAGGAUGGCCCAGGUCCUUGGGCCCUGCACCCGCAUGGGAGACCAGGAGAAGCACCUGGCUCCUGGCUUCGUUGGCCGCAGUGGCCAUUGGAGGGUGAACCAACGGCAAAAGGAAGACCUUUGUGUCUCUCUCUCUCUCACUGUUCACUCUUCCUGUCUAAAAAAAAAAAGAAACCUUAGCAGAGACGAGAGACACCGCCCGAGCAAGAAACAAGAACAGAAGUCUAUAAAAAGGAUCGGGAUCAGGCAGAGAACAAACCCGAGAUUCAGCGCGUGACGUCUCAGUACUGAGACUGGAGACAGAGUGGGACAAGGCUUCCCAGAAGUCAGAGCAGAAACAAACAGAAACAGGAGUUCGGGGAGAAAAUGAGAAGGCAGACAACAAAAAAGGCAUUUAGGGAGCAGGGUCGGAGUCACCCACAAAACAGCUCCAGACCUGCAGCCCACAGAAGCCCAGCACCGCGGGACAGUGCACGCACGGGACACUCACAGCCCACAGACGCCCAGCACCGCGGGACAGUGCACGGGCGGGACACUCACAGCCCACAGACGCCCAGCACCGCAGGACAGUGCACGGGCGGGACACUCACAGCCCACAGACGCCCAGCACCGCAGGACAGUGCACAGACGGGACACUCACAGCCCACAGACGCCCAGCACCGCGGGACAGUGCACGGGCGGGACACUCACAGCCCACAGACGCCCAGCACCACGGGACAGUGCAUGGGCGGGACACUCACAGCCCACAGACGCCCAGCACCGCAGGACAGUGCACAGACGGGACACUCACAGCCCACAGACGCCCAGCACCGCGGGACAGUGCACAGACGGGACACUCACAGCCCACAGACGCCCAGCACCGCGGGACAGUGCACAGGCGGGACAC